UUAGCACAGUGGAGGAGGUCAUUAAAUUUGUGGCUAUGGUGAUCUUCACAGUUUCAGCUCAACAUUCGGCCCUCAGAGCAGGACAGUUUGACUAUGAUAGUUGGUUUCCCAAUGCCCCUGGCUCUUUAAAAAGACCCCCUCCUACAUCUAAGGGAAGCUCAGACAAAAACACCCUACUGGACACCCUCCCUGACAUGAAAACCUCUGCAUAUCUAGUAUCAGUCUUUUGGCUCCUGAGCAAACCCUCAUUAGAUUUAGUUCCACUUGGGCAAUACCCAGAGGACUACUUUUGCCAGAUGGCUCUCCAAAACAUGAUCAGAGAUCAUCAAGCAGAACUGUCCUUUUUGAGUCCAUCAAUGACAGAAAUAAUGGGCUGCAAGUGCCUUACACGUACAUGUGCCCUGAUAACAUCAGCAACAGUGUCAGCAUUUGACACAGAGUGGUGUGACUUAAGACUACUAAAACAUCAUGUUUUAGUAUAAUUACAUUUCAUUUUUAGUAACAUUUUAUUAUUUUUAAU